AUGGCAGGCUCAGAGCAGUUAUCCUCGCCACUGGGCUUUGGCUCAGUAUCAGGAUCAGGAUCGGGCCCCAGGCUGUCCAUCUCGCCCUUGUUCAAUGCAAAUACGAGUUCGACGCCAGGCGCACCUGCAAAUGCACCUACAAAUGCAUCACACACAAAUUCGCGCUCGAGCCGUUUUGCGUCUGUGAAAAGAUACCUUCGAACCGAGCUGAGCAGAAGCAGGAGCAAGAGCAAGACCAGGAACGAGAUCGGAGCGACCACAGACGAGAUCAACGCUAGCAACAGCAGCAGUGAGAGCGAGAACAGGGCCGCAACCGAGGCGAGAUAUCGUUCUUCCACCGUCCCUUCAUCACAUAACAACAAUCCGCCGCAGUCUUGGUUUUGCGCAGACUCCUCGCCCAAGAGCGAAGAACACCAACAACAACGCUCGUCACCCUUGAUAGACAACAGCAGACACUCCAGUCUCCCACUGCCUACACCCCCUCUGCACCGCCAGACAGACCACCCCAUUUUCACCCUCCCUCUCCCACCGCCACGGCCACGGGGAUCCUCGCUUUCGCGGCCACAGCAGCUUGCCUCUGGUAUCGAUAUACCGCUGCCACUCUCACCGCCGCUCUCUCCCACAACUCUAGGCCCGUCUGAACCCUCGCCAUCUGCUUCAACUUAUGGACGCUCGCAGGAAUACAUACACGCACCACCACCGCCGCCGCCAAACGUCUUAUAUCCGUCAACGUCCAUUCUCUCCCGGUUGAGCGAAACGCCUGACAUCGCCAUGGCUUCAACCAGACGUCCUUCCUCGUCCAGAGGAGGAGACACUGCUAACCCCAACACUAUCACCGGCAGCAGCUUACCCAUACAUACACAUUCACAUUCGAAUUCACAGUCACAGUCACAGCCGCAGCCCCAGUCCCAGUCCCAGUCGCAGUCUCAGUCGCAGUCGCAAACACACACACAGACACAGAAUGCGACUACACUGACGGCUGGUCCGACAAACCUCUCUGGCCUGGUAUGCAACGUCCACCGCACCACUGGCCGAGAGCCACACGCCCUCGUCGGCGCCACAACCACUAUACUGGGCGACAAACUAUACGUAUUUGGCGGCCGGCUGCUAUCCCGGGCCCGACCAGAGCUUACCUCUGACCUGUACGAACUAGACUUGAUCAAACGACACUGGACAAAGAUCCAUCCCACCGGCGAUGUGCCUCCUCCACGCUACUUUCAUAGUAUGUGCCCCCUAGGCGACACUAAGCUCGUCUGCUACGGUGGUAUGUCCCCCCGCUCAGCAGUGACUGGCCACCCGCCCACGAACAUCAGCUCGUCCCAAUCGGCCGGACAGGAUGCCCAGCCUGAGGUCGUCGUCAUGUCUGAUGUGCACAUUUACGACGUCGUGACACGGACUUGGACGCAUAUCAACACUGCAAAUACCCCACAGGGGAGAUACGCCCACUGCGCAACUAUCCUGCCCUCGUCAGCACCAUUCGUCUCCGCCAACGCUCCCAUGACAGCUAUCCAUAAUAAUCCAUCUACCUCUAACUCAAACCCCCACCAGGGCUCCAUUGGUGUCGAGAUAGAUGGCUACGGAGGCGCCGAGAUGGUUGUUGUCGGCGGCCAGGAUAGCUCAAAUCACUACAUAGAGCAGAUUAGUGUGUUUAAUCUACGUAGCUUGAAAUGGACAGCCACCAGCCCCCUGGGCCGCAGCUGUGGUGCGUACCGUUCCGUUGUUGUCCCCCUGACGGGGAUGUCGGUCAACGAUCUGGGAGCCGAACGGACAGAGAAAGAUCUCGGAAAUGUUGUCAAUAAUUAUGAUGGAGGGGUACCUGGGUCCGCAAUGCUGAUAUAUUCAAACUACAACUUCCUAGACGUGAAACUAGAACUUCAGGCGCGUCUGCCUGACGGGAAGCUCGUCGAGAAAGCCAUGGACACAUCCGUCUCUCCGCCUGGUCUUCGCUUCCCCAAUGGCGGCGUAAUCAACGGCCAUUUCGUCGUGAGCGGCACCUAUCUCACCGCUUCCAAGCAGGAAUAUGCUCUAUGGGCAUUGGAUCUAAAAACCAUGACCUGGGGUCGGAUCGACGCCGGUGGCUCUAUCUUCUCGAGCGGCAGCUGGAAUCGCGGUAUCAUCUGGAACAGGAGAAGCACUUUCGUUAUCCUGGGACACCGGAAGAGAAAUCUGGUCGAGGAUUAUAACCAUCGUCGAAUCAACUUUUCACAUAUAUGUAUGGUUGAGCUGGAAGCCUUUGGGCUCUACGAGAACCCAAGGAGGGCUGCGCCGACGUCUGGAUAUAUUUCUGUUAGUGCCCCUGCUCUGCGGCCUUCGUUGCAGGCAAAGUUCUCGGUCCAGUGCUCUGGCGGACGGCCUUACUCUGCCGCAGCUGAGAAACUCGGGCUGAUGGCGCAGGCAUGCACUGAGCUGGCGGACAUGGACCUCCUCACCAUCGGUGGUGAGCGUAUCCCCGUCAGCUCCCACAUCCUUUCCCGUCGAUGGGGCCCUUACUUCGUCCAGCUCCUCUGCGAAGCUACAGCCGUGGCCGGUGACAGCAUAAACGACGCAGCAACACUCCGUCAGCCAAAUGCUGCAUUGAAUAGUCGAAACUCGACAAUCACCAUCACACCGUCGUUGAGCACUGCCAGCCAGUACUCUACCGCUACAACUUUAGUCAACACCAUGUCCAACAACAAUAACAACUCGUCCUUGGGCGGCACUAACAACAGUAACAACAAUGCUAAUAGCCACAAAGACCACUCUGGACGACCACCAGGGUCUUCUUCGUCCUCCUCCUCUUGCCUGUCUCGCGCAUCAAACCUUGAAAUUCCGUCUGCACACAACCUUUCUCCCGCUGUACGGCCUCGAACACUCUACCUGCCACACACGUUCCUCACUGUACAGCUCCUGGUCCACUACCUCUACACAUCUUCAUUACCUCCUGUCGGUUCCGCGCUCUGCACGCCCCAGAUUCUCUGUUCGCUCCUCCAGCUGGCCCGACCAUAUCAAGUUGACGGUCUUCUCGAAGCCACCGUAGAACGGCUCCACCAAGUCCUCGAUGGCCGUAAUGCUGCUGCCGUCUUCAAUGCCGCCGCCAUGGCAGCUGGCGGUGGCCGUGGGACCAACCCCUCCGGCACGUUCGAUGGGACCAUGGAUUCUGUCAGCGACGCGCAUGCCCACUCCUAUGGUCGCUCUCACUCCCGCUCGCAGUCAAGCACGGCGGACUACCGCCGCCCAAGCAAUGCGACAGACGGCAUUAGUUCCUUCAAUUCAUCGGAUGCAGAGUCCAUCGACAGACCAAACACGGCCAGCAGCACGGCAUCUGCCUCCAGUGUCACCGCAGGCCGCGGCGUCCAACGGCCCGCCAAUCUUCGCAUCAACACCAGUUUUGGUAACGGCAGAAACCGCGCCGAGUCUGACAGUGCCAGCAUUCCCAACUCUGCGUCCACGAACAAUAGCAAUGGUGGGCUAGGCUUUACCGAUGCCGAAUUGGCACAGCAAUCUCAACGCGGUCGAAACAAGACCGGCCGAGAUGUCUGGACGGCUGACAUCAGCAGCGUUGUUGGUCUGCAGAAGCGUGGCCUCAGAGGGUUGAUGGAAGGGCGUCGUAUGAGGGAGAGAGGUGCCAGCAGCGCUGAUACCCAAGACCAAAAUACUUCUGGAGUUAUCCCUGUCAAGAUGGGCCUGGGGAUCUCCUGA